GUGACAUGUGGAAACAGUGAAAGAACAUCAGAAGAGUCCAAUCACAGAAAAUCUCGAACAAUGGAGUACAAGAUGGCUUUUCUGCUCAUGCUGGUGAUGCUCACAUCAUGGGUUGCAGCUCUACAAGAUAUGUCAGGAAAGAUGUUUACCUUCCCAAUAGCGUCCAACAGAGCGUAUGUAAAACUGAUCACAGGAACACAGGAAUUCAAAGCUGUCACGAUCUGCCACAGGUCCUUUACAGACCUGCGAAGAGAUCACGCUCUCUUCUCUAUGGCCACACCCUCACAUUACAACAGCUUCCUGCUAUUUUGGGAUAACACAAACAAGGAGUUGGAGCCUCAUGUAAUGGAUAAGAAAGCGGAAUAUGCUGGACUGGAUUACAAGAUGAACAUGUGGCACUCCAUUUGUACUACAUGGGACAGCACGUCAGGAAUAGUGCAGAUAUGGUUUAAUGGAUGGCCUUCAAUCAGAAAAUAUUCUGUAACUGGACAGAUUCAGAGUAGCUCUUUUGUCAUUAUCUUAGGACAGGAGCAGGACUCCCAUGGUGGAGGAUUCGAUCAGAGCCAGUCUUUUGUGGGUAUGAUGACAGACGUCCACAUGUGGAACUACGUCCUCUCUGGCUGUGAGAUUAGGAACUACUCAGAUGAACGGAACUUCACACCAGGCAAUGUGAUCAGCUGGAAGGCACUUGAAUUUGAGAUUGUUGACAAAGUGCUGAUAGAGGAUAGAGUAACACAGUGCUACUGAACCUAAACACUGGUGCUUGAAGGGUCACAGAUGUUACCAUAACAAAGGAUAAUUAAUCUCUGUUGCUAUAUACAAAUGUAUUUAAGCAUACACAAACCUUAAAAAUAACAAAAGAUGGUACUCUUGAUAUUUACUGUCAAUGUGUAACCUUUACUAACUGAAAGAAAACCAUGAGAAACGCAAAAUUAGCUAAUGAACUGACACAGACAAAAAACACUUUAGCAUGAUUAGCAUGAAGAAUUAAAUUAGCUGCAAAGGACGCAUUGUAGACUGUUAACUUAGGGUCAACUUUCACCAUACACAAGAGCAAAAAAUCUACAGCAACACACUGUAGUGGCGGACAGACAACGGGAGAUUUUAUUUUUUAACAAUUUUAUUUUUGAUAAAUCUUUACUGUUUAAUUUUUUUUAGGUUAGAAAAUAAGUUACUGAACAAAUCUCCGAAAAUAAGUUUCUCAAAAAUGACUAAAAAUAAACUAAUUUGCCUUA